GUCUAUUUUUCACUCCUCUUAGGGCUGUGGAAGGAGCGAGCCACUGGCCCUUGCAACUCUCUUUUGCUAAGAACACAUUUCUGCUGCUUUACAACUGGACACUACAACCCAUUGGGCGCAAGGACAUUUGGUAUUAAGUUUUGCGGGAAGGGUUUGCGGGGCGUAUUCAGUGCAGCAAUAUUUAACUGCUGCUUCCGAUUGUUACUAUUACAACUAAUAAUAUAAUUCUUACUUUCCAAAAUGCUGCUUUGAAAUCUGAGUAGAGGUAUAGCUUCUGUCCAGUUCCCAUAACUGGUUCCACAGAUAUUCUGAUAUAAUUGUCAAAGUGCGAAGGUUAGGAGAUAGUGAAAAUGAAUGAGAACAGCACCCUUUUGGACCGGAUUGUUUUCCAUCCUGUUCUGUGUGAAGGAUGGAAGGGCUAUAUGGAAGGAGCAUCUUAUCAACUUGCCAAUUUCUUCCUCUUCCUGGGAUUUAUGGGAGGAAGCGGUUUCAUUGGCUCCAUCUACAUCUUUGGCUUCUUGACUGUUGGUUUCUUCUGCCUUGCCCUCUGGGGGUGGCUGGAUGCCUGCGGACUAGACAUCUUCACUUGGAACAUGCUGUUAGUUCUGAUCUGUUUGCUUCAGUUAGCGCAUUUAUUUUACCAGCUCCAUAAACAUACUUUUUCGGAAGAAUUUGACCAGCUGUACAAGCAAGUUUGCCAGCCUUUGCAAGUGCCACCCAAGGUCUACAAAAAAAUUGUCAAGUGCUGUGAGGAGCAGGUCCUGCCUCUGGCCAAAGACCAGACUUAUGCUGUGGAGGGCAAGACAUCGAUUGAUCGGCUGUCAUUCUUGCUCUCUGGCAGGGUUAGAGUAAGCCAGGAUGGACAAUUUCUGCAUUAUGUCUACCCAUAUCAGUUUCUGGAUUCCCCAGAAUGGGAAUCACUGCCGCCUUCCGAAGAGGGAACAUUUCAGGUGACAUUGACAGCAGAGACAGAGUGCAGUUACAUCACUUGGCAAAGGAAGAAGCUGUACCUGCUUCUCUCAAAGGAGCGCUAUAUUGCUCGCCUCUUCUCAGUCCUCCUUGGCUAUGACAUCUCAGAGAAGAUCUACGCCCUGAAUGAGAAGCUUUUUGCCAAGUUUGGCCUGCGAUUUGACAUCCGUCUGCCCAGCCUCUAUCAUGUCCUAGGACCUGCCUCUUCAGAUACAGAGGCGGAGAAAGAAGCAGAGGAGUGUGAAGAGCCGCCAGUGCCCUUAAGUCACCCACCCACAUUUGUUCAGACAGCUCCUGUGGCCCCUCAGCCUGGGUUUCUUCCAGCUCAUCCCCGGAAAACUCGGCCUGACAGUGACCUGUCUGGUGAGGACUCUACCAGUCUUGUAUUGGAAGAUUUUGCUGAGAUGACAGGGUCCUUUAUGGACUAUGUGAGCGAAGGGGAGUAUAUGAAGUGAGGGCACUUCUAACAUGGGCACACUCUGUCACCCUGUAUAACUUCUGGAAGCCUCUUGAAGACUAAUCGACAGAUCCUUGCAAAAGGACGAGCUCCUCUGGCCCCUACUCAAACCCCAGAACUCUAAAGAACAGCUAUUUGAAAUCACAGUGACCCACAAAUGAUUACAUGAUCAGACAUGAUCAGGAUAAUGCUUGUUACUUGUGUGCCAUUACUUGUUUUGCACAGGCACCAGCAUGGCACUCUUCAAGUAUGUGCAUGAGACUUUGAUGCAUGGUGUUGGGACACUCUCCACAGCUGACUGAUCUGCAGUGGCACCAAUUUUUGAGCAUCUGUAUUCUUGAACACUUGCCACAUGACUUCUUUAUUAGGUGCAUUAAAUGUCUAGGAAGGACAGUGGUGUAGCUGGUCAAUGGAACGAACUAUCUCUUGAGGGUCUGAUAGUUCCUUCCUUUUACAGAAGAGAGCAGAAGGAAAACUACCUUCUCUUAAUACCUUCUACUUUGAUUAUCACAAGUCGUGAUUCAGAUGGACUGGUGGAAAGGGAUAGACAUGCCCUAGAAAUGCAACGGAGAAGCUUUACAGCUUAGGCCCUGCAUUCCCUUGUGAAUUCCAGGGUUGCAUGCCAGUGACUGUAGCCACAGGGGGGCAUUUUGAAGUAUGAUUCCUGGGUGAGGAGUGAUUUUCAGGGAGUCUGAGAACUUGGGUUCCCAUGUAUCCCCUUUUAUACAGGAUGUCCUUAUUUGGAGGCUUAAAUUCUGAUCCCAUAUGGGAGUCAUAAGGGACACCCAAAAUCCCAUACGUCUUGAACCGAUGAGAGCAGGUGCCAACUGCAUUGCCAAAAGGCUGACAGCCAAGUAUACCAAAUGCUAUGGGGAGGUCUGUUGAAGAACUACCAGUCAAGCAGUGCUUUGACAGCAUGUCUGCUAGAGUAAAAUCUUCAGAUUUCAUGACUGCCAGCACCCAUUGCAAGAUUUUCUGGGGUUGGAGGGUUACUGCAAUAUUUAACAUCUUCUGGGAACCUAAGGAUUUUGUGAGAGGCUGUCUUCUCAAAAGAUUUGAGGCGGCCUUAUUUGGUCUUGUAUGUCCCUGCUCAGUCUUGAGCUAGUAACUGACUACCCCAUAUUGCUUGCAUUAAAAACUUGUCAGCCCUACUGAAAACUUAAUCACAGUUAGAUAUAGUUAUGAUUGUUACUAGUAGAACUGGUUCCAGAAGCACUCAGUAGGGUGUUGUCAUGAGCUCCCUUUCAGUUAGACAUCUGACUGACUGGGAGGUCCCCCCAGUACUUUAUUUGUUCAUAAAGGCAUGUUCCAAUACAGUGUCAGCUAAUGAAAAACAAUGGCCCCAUGAAUGGAGUUGAGAUGUGGGGCUCAGGCUGUGACAGGCAAACCACAAGCCAUCACUGGCAGCUUGGCCUGCAUUUCCCUGACCACAUACAUGGCUAUUCAAAGCUGUCAUAGGACAGCUAGCUACAUGGAUAUUAGUGGUUAUAAAUUCUUUGGUGCAGGAGUAUUGUGUUCCUUAAAGGAAUCAUUUGAAAGCAGAAUCCAUCCCCUUACCAAUCUAGUUUUGGGAGAGAAACAACUUUGAUCACCUCAGUGAAUGACCUGCUCCAGGCAUUAGGAAGGUGAAAUGCAUCCCUUAUGGUUCUGUUGGACUUUUCAAUGACCUUUGAUACCAUCAGGGAGAUUUUGCAAACAUUAAGAUGGGGUACAUGGUAUUUGCAAGCAAGGAUGUGCUCCCCUGCUCCAACAACAUCUCCUGGCUAUUAUUUAAGGAUAGCUCAGAGCAUCACUGAUCACUCCAGCCCUCAGGAAAGAAUCAGUGAGUCAGGAAAGAAACUUUAAUGAGAAUGAACUGCACAAUUGUGGGAACUGCUCAGGAAAUACAGGUUGAGUCUCCAUUAUCUGCAAAAUCUGAAAUAUUCCAAAAACCCAAAACUUUUUUCAUUGGUGGCUAAGAUUCUGCUUUCUUAUGGUUGGGUGUACACAAACUUUGUUUCAUGCACAAAAUUAUUUAAAAUGUUGUAACAAAUUACCAGCUAUCUGUAUAAGGUGUAUCCAAAACAGAAAUGAAUUUUGUGUUUAGAUGGGUCCCAUCUCCAAAAUACCAUAUUAUGCAUGUAUAUGCAAAAUCCCCAAACACUUCUGGUCCCAAGCUUUUUUGG